AUGGUUGCUAAGGGAACAGCGACUUGCCUCAGCAGCUCCUCUACCAUCCCAUCCACCAUUGGCAUCCUUAAACGAUCCCUUAGUGAGUUGGGCAUACAAGGGGAUCAUAUCACAUCGAAUACCUACUCCCUUGCCUACAAGAAGCUUAUGGAUCGGGCUAGGUUUGGCGGGACAGAGUAG